UUUUUUUUCUGUAAAUAAAUAAGAAAAAAGAAAAAAACAUUGAAGCUUAAACCCACACCAAAACUCUUUGAACUCUGCAGUAUCUACCUGAUUAGUUGUUAAUCUUCUCCGGUGGAAAAGAAAAGAUGUCUCUGCGUGUGGCGGCAGCAAGUUUGCUAAAAAAACUUCGCUUUCCGGCUUCACAUUUCUUUGCUGCGUCUACAGCAACCACAAAUGCAUUUUCCGGUAAACUCAAACUUUUCCGUUGGUAUCAAACUGGUGCACAUGGUUGUAGGAUAGAUCUCAGGGAUCCUUGUCUAUGGAUUGUUAUGUCUGGACAUGUAGCAAUGACUUUAGGAAUUAGUGCCAGCACUGUAUUUGCAGAAGAUGCAACAACUGAAGCAUCUUCUGAUAAUGACCCAGGGGGUGACUUAAUCGGAUUGAGAAAAAUUGAGGAUGACUCUGUAGUAUCAAACAUACAUACAGCAAAAUGGAGAGUCUUUACAGAUAAAGCGAGACAAUUUUUUCUUCAGGGAAAACUAGAUGAAGCUGAAAAACUCUUCCUUUCUGCUAUAGAAGAAGCUAAAGAAGGUUUUGGCGAGAAAGACCCGCAUGUUGCUUCUGCAUGCAACAAUCUGGCAGAAUUGUACAGGGUCAAAAAGGCAUUUGACAAAGCAGAACCCUUGUAUUUGGAAGCUAUCAACAUAUUAGAGGAAUCUUUUGGUCCUGAUGAUGUACGGGUUGGGGUUGCUGUUCACAACCUUGGGCAGUUCUACCUUGGACAGCGGAAGUUGGAAGAAGCUCGUGUUAGCUAUGAGCGUGCUUUGAAGAUAAAAAGGCGUGUUCUGGGGUAUGGCCAUUCAGAAUGUUCAGAUACAAUGUAUCAUCUAGGAGUGGUACUGUAUCUUCAAGGAAAAGAAAGGGAUGCUGAGGCCCUUAUUAAGGACUCUAUAAGGAUGCUAGAGGAAGGUGGUGAAGGAGAGUCUUUUGUAUGCAUUAGAAGACUACGAUACCUUUCACAGAUAUAUAUGAAGUCACAUCGAAUUGCUGAAGCUGAAAUGGUCCAGAGAAAGAUCCUGCAUGUUAUGGAAUUGUCAAAGGGAUGGUAUUUCUUGGACACUGUUAUUGCAGCUGAAUCUUUGGCUCUGACCCUGCAAGCAUCUGGCAAUACAAAAGAUUCUAAAGAGCUUCUUGAAAGAUGUCUUAAUGUCCGGAAGGACUUACUUCCCAGUGACCAUAUUCAGAUAGGUGCAAACUUACUUCAUCUAGCAAGAGUGGCAAUGCUUGAUUGCAGUCAACAUAAAAAGUUGGAUGUUUCUAGAGCUAAAGCUGAGCUUGAUAUGGCAAAGAAUCAUUUGUAUAAUUCCAUAAGGAUUUCACGUCAAUGUUUGGAGAAGGUAUUGAAACAAAAGGACAAGUUAAAGAAAUUCAGUAAGCCUGGAGAUUCUAGAAAGGAAGGCCAAGUAGCACUGGCCAUAUUGUUGCAAUCACUCUAUACGUUGUCAUCAGUGGAGUUAGAUAAGCAAGAAUUGCAGGAGAUUCAGCAGGAAAGAGAUAAUAUUAACAUCGAGGCUCAGGAGGCACUUCUUCAAUGCAUUUCUACUUACAAGGAGUUUGUACAUAAGAGGUCAAUUGCUGAUACCCCUGAAAUAAAGAACGAGUAUCUUUCAUGUUUAAAGCGCGCUCAAAAUUUGUUUGGUCAUAAAGUUGAUGAAUAGCCAAGCAAUCAAGAGGAUUUCCGAUCGCUGAAUCAAACACCUUGAUUGAUUUUUUUUCUUUCUUUCUAUGGAGGGAUAUUUUUGUUGAUAAAGAAAAUAAUUUUAAAGAAAAUUUUUUACUCAGAAGAAAUAAAUAGACCAAGCUUGAUAACUAAGUCAAAUGCCACUAGCCAUGGCGUCAUAAUUAUUGUCAAACCACACUUGGUGUGGAUGUUAAAUACAUUACCUUGAUAUUGGAUUGUUCUAUGCUCAGUAUUAUUCUUUGAUGUCA